AUGUCAGCCAACACGUCCCUCCCAGCCCUCUACGCCCUCUACCACAUACUCAACCCCCCUCUCCCCCUCCCAUUCUCCUACCUCCCCCUCCUCUUCCGCCUCCUUGCACUCUCAAUUUCAGCCCCUUUCCUUGUCAUAACCCUACUCGAAGUCGCGGGCUACCUCGUCGUCCGCACACUAGGCUUCACGCGCUUCCCAGGCCGCUCCACUCCUAGCCAAACCCCCACACCAGUGGGCGAGCAAUCCCUCUUGCCGCUGGACCUGGACCUGGACCUGGGGUUACAGAGCUCGUUACCCGAUCCCCUAAGACUCCAAGUCACGAACUACGCGUACUUUACUUCUCCAUCAGACUCGAAACUUACUGGCAUGUUCUCCCCCCCGGACUCGAGGGAAGGGAGUCCCGUACGCAGCUGGAAGGGUUUGAGCGCGGAGCGAGAUGGACCUGCCCUCGCAGAGCCGGAAGGAGGGGGGUUGAGGCUUUCUGUACAGGGGAGGAUAGGGAUCAAGGCGCUUACUCCUGUGGAGGCGCGGUGA